GAUGAAAAAGUGCUCAAAUUGAGGAUCGAUUUAAGGAAAUGCGAACAACAGGUGUUGCUAUUGAAACAGAAACAUCAGGGAGAUGUCGAUGAGUACGACAAUCGACUGGAUUUACUUAACAGUCAGUUGAGACAAUCGACUCUCGCCGCUAAACAACUCCAACAAAAAAAUCAUUUGUUAUACAAAGAAAUCCUAAAUAUGAAGAACGGAACGCAAAAUACAAUGAAAUUAAAUGAGAACUCAAACAAUAAUAAUCAUAAAGAAAGUGAUGGCCAGAAGUUCGGGUGUUAUAUCUGUGACGACAACAUUCAAACACUGCAAGAAUCGUCGCUCGACUUUCUGCUGACACAGAAAUUGAGUUUCGAUGCAAACAAUGAACACAAACCCCAUUCAAAGAAUCCUUCCAUUCCUUUGAUGAGAACUCAAGAGAACGGUUCCAAUGGAGAACAUAAACAACAAACCGAAGUGCCAUUCAGUGAUACGAGUCAUGCCAUAAGAAUCACUCCAAACACUUGUGCCAAACAUAAUAAUAAUGAUAAACAAAAUGCCAUUCAAUUAAUGCAUGCAAACCAUAGCAAACAGAUAGCGGACACUAAAGCCGAAGACAUGAAAAUCAACAAAAAUACUUUGAAUUAUAUUAAUAAACAAAAAGAAGAGCACAUUUCGCACGAAGAUUACAACAAAGACAUAUCAAAUACAUUCGAUGACUGG